UGACGUCACACUCACUACGCUACAUUCUGCAGCAGGGCGGUCUACUGUGAAUUCCUAAUGGGAAUCAAAUCUCUAAUCCAUAUCAUGAAGAUUAGAGGCACGCGCUGAUAACACUGGGUCCAUCAGCAUGAGAAAGUGUAAAUGCGAGCCGAUAGAGAGCAUUGUUCAUUUAUCAGUUCACGUUGAUAACGACCUUUAUUAUAUAGAGCCCUGUAUAUUCUAAACCAAGGGGUGAGCAUUUAUCUAACUGAUCAGUUUAUCAUUGGUUAUGGAUUGGGACGAGAAAGGAAUGGAUCUGCAAAAUUGAUGUUAUACAAGGUAAACGGACCUUUCACUGGUUACAAAGUGAUGGACCUUCUGAUGCAGACGUACUAGCAAACGCUUAGUACCAACAUGACGAUACGAAAAUAUGUCAGAAGCUCACGCUAGCAUAGUAGGUCCCAAACAGCACUACAAAUUUAUGUUUGAAAAUUAAAUGUCAACGGCCUACAUGUACCAGAACAUGCGGGUAUGAUCAUGUACCAGAAGUGUGAUAUCAACAAAUUACUAAUCACCACAUGUUGAAAGUGAUUGACAAAGUUUAAAUGUCCUAAAAUGUACAGAGGAGAACCUGUUGGUCCAUUGGGCACAAGGUAUCACAAAAGACCGGGGUACGUGGGCGCCGCAAAACUCGGCGACCCCCGCGAAGUAUUAAGAACGAAUAUAAGGACACAGUACGGAGCCUUGGCACGGACGAGGCUAAAUGAAAACGAACGGCGAAACGCGGAGAAUGUUCAUGACAGUGACGAUGACACGGAUGAGGAUGAGAAUGAAGGCAUUAAACGCGUACCCUCAAACGUGAGCCUGGCCAGCGUGGAUCAACAGAAAAAUGACCCUGGGAAUAGAGGGUCCUUACGGUCUCUGGAAGGACUCACUGACGAUGAAUUAGGCGAUAUGAGGUCGUCUAAUUUGCCGUUAAAUCCGGCUGAGAUACGACGGAAUUUAUCAAAAAGGCGAGCCAAAAAGAAGACCAUGCAGAUGACUAUUUAUGCUAUUGUAUUUUUCAAUUGGCUUGCUUACCAGGCUCUUUUUGUCAACUUCAUGGAUUUUACAGAAGAUUCCUCCGUCGUCUUAUUCACGGACAGGGCUGCAGGAGCGUUAAAGGAUUCAUACGCUAUGUUGGCCUGUUUACCGAGAGAGAUAAAUGGCGGAGAUCAGUAUAUUUCUGUGAGAAAUGCCACCUUCAUCACUGCAGUGUGUUUAGUUGGGGACGGUCUUGGUGUUCAGAGAUCCAUUCUGUUUUCCAUAGGCCCCAACCAGCGGCGAAAUCAGCAGACGAAACGUGACAUCAUAAACUGGACAUACUUUUUAGUAAACCUGGCCUGUCUGAUACCUUUUCUGUUAAAAGAUGUGUUGGACGUAGUUACAUGUAAUAAGCAGCUGGACACCUUGUACUGGUGCAUAAGCUUUUCCCCAGCAACUGUUCUUCUUGCCGUAAACCUACUUUUACUGACCUACAGGCGAAAAGGGUUUAAAAAAGACAAGAGCAAAGAAAAAGACAAGUCAAACCUGGUUAAGGUUGCGCAGACUAUCUACUCGAGUUCCAUCCGGGGAUCUUUGACGAAUGGAGGUAGCACAGCGAACAAGAGAGGCGCCACCAAACCGUAUAGGCCUCUGAAGAAACAGGAGCAGAUAAUAGAGGAAAAACGUAACUUGACAAGGUCGUUCAUAAAGCUUGUGACAGUGCUGCCUUGUAUUUUACUGGUGCCUAUGGUCUACAGCGAGGCGAUGUAUGUGUUUGAAAAGCAGGCCAAAUGCAUGACUGGGCUCACGAUAAGGAACCGUAUGGUUCCCUUUGGUUGGUACAUACAGUACGGUAUAAGCGUAGUCUUCAUCCCGGUGUUCAACUGUGUUGUAUAUCCAUAUACUCAUAAAAGAUACGGGCCGUCACCAAUCGCAAGACUGACCUUUGGGAGCGUGCUGUUUAUAUUGGCGAUACUGGUAGCCAUCUUCGUUGAAUCUGCUUUGGACGAGGCAGGCUGUGGGAGAGUUAGUGCGGCGCAACUCAUCCCACAGUGGACGUUACUUGGGUUCGGAGCAUUAUUUAUUUUCCCCACGGGUGUGGAGUUUGCCUACAUGGAGUCUCCAGACGGCCUAAAAAGCACAAUUGUCGGCUUUGUGUGGACCACAUAUGGAAUUGGUCUCAUUGUUGGGCAGGCGAUGUUGAAAUUUGUACAUAAAAAAUUUCGAGACGAGGCCUGCAAGUCAAAGCACGGAUGCUCCAAUCAACUGCCCCCUCUCGUCGCUCUUCUCAUAUUUCUAGUGGUCGGACACGUGAUCUUCAUCGCGGGGGUGUACUUUUACAAGCAGCCUCCCCCCAGGUCCCAGGACAGAUCUUUGAACCAGAACGACAGCCGAGAGUCGCGACGGCGUUAGACAUCCAGUGUCGAAUGUUAUAGAGAUUAUAAUUGCACAUGUACAUGUAUUUUCCAAUUAGGCAAAGCUGAGCUAAGGAACGACUGGAUUUUCCGCUUUGCUUUAGUUUCUCGGCAUAGCCGCGUUCGAAGAUAAUACUCAUGGGUUAUUAUUAUUAUUAUUAUUAUUGUAAGUAACAUAAUUAAAUUUUGGGUUUAAACAAGAAUAAUUGGUUUUAUUUUUUCUCCCAGUUUGAAUCCAAUUCAAAGGUCUGUAAUUAUUCAGUUUGAUGUAGAAAAAAUUACUUUGAUGGGACUUCGUGGCAUCGUCCAUCAUAAACUCAUAUGAAAAGAACAAAUAAAGGAUAUUCAGGUAUACCGCGGAAAAAUCGGAUAGAACCUUUCUCCUUAAAAUAAAAAGGAAAAAAUAAAGAAAUA